AUGCCUAAUGUCGGACGGCCUUCCAAGGGAUGCAAGCAUUGCAGGGAUAGGAAGGUCAAGUGCGACCUAAAACGACCUGCAUGUUCACAAUGCAUUCGCGCAGGAAAGAAAUGCUAUGGCUAUCGUGACGCAUUAUCGAUGAUGUUCAAGAAUGAAAGUGAUGUCGUUGCAAAGAAGGCAGAGAAGCGAUAUGAAGAGCUGGCGAAAUCGAAGGUGCCAAAAGUUCCGAAGACAAAAGGCCAACAAACAUUGAAUUCCGACAGCCCGGACUGGCUUACACAUACUAAACGUCCCUCGAACGUCCCUCGAUCUAGCACGCACUUGAUUCCAUGGUCCCGGUACUCAACGCCAGAAAGCAUGACCAUGGAGAUUCUUCCUUCUAUUGAAGAGCAGGCCCAAGGUUUCUUCAUCUCAAACUACGUCGCCCAGCCGUCGAUCGUGCCCAGAGGUCAAUAUGAAUGGAUCACCGAACUUCUGGCUCAGCCAAACACUGAGGAGAUUCUACGGGGCAGCGUAAAUGCUGUCAGCCUUGCUGGACUUGCCAAUGCCACGAAAAGUCUCGCCAUUAUGCAUAAAGCUCAAGUGGCCUAUGUAAACGCCCUUCAAGUGACGAAUAGCGCUCUUCGCGUGAAAGAGACUGCCGUCAAGGAUAGCACGCUGAUCUCUGUGAUUUUGCUGGGUACGUAUGAAAACUUGGUCUCCAAUAGCCAGCGAUCGAUACAAGCAUGGGCAAAGCAUGUCGUCGGGGCAUGUACUCUCCUUAAUCUUCGGGGAAAAGAGCAGUUUGAAACCAGUAUCGGAAGACGCGUGUUUCACCAAUUCUAUGGGGUUGUUCUUCUGGUGUCACUCAAAACUGGCACGCCGAUCCACCAUAGGAUACAAGAUCUGUACAAGGCACUCGCCCCCACUUCAAACUACGACAUACAGGGGCGAAUAUUCACGACCAAGAUGGUGUCUGUCAUGUCGGAUUCUAUUGAUCUAAACCAUGACAAGCUCAGCGAUCCAGUCAUCAUGGUCAACAGGGCUUUGAUCAUCGACCGCGAAAUAGACGAAGUCACAGCACUUAUGCCCACCAUCUGGCACUAUGAAACCGUUUUCCUCAAAAACCCUUCGAAACAUCUCUACGGCGAUUCUUACCAUGUUUAUGCCGAUCCAUGGAUCGCGCAGAUGUGGAACAAUCUCAGAACCUGCCGGAUGUCGCUCUACAAAACCCUACUAAAGAACCUCGCCAGAGGCUGCGAACAAUACAAUCCGCCCCUGUUCUCACCGGACGAGAUCAAACUACGCAAGGAGGCAACCGAAGCAGUCAUGCGCGACACUGCAGCAGCAAUCAUUGCAUCAGUACCCCAGAUUACAGCCAUGAUUCCGUUCCCAGACCCCACAUCCCCCAAACGAAAGGACCCGGCAACCUUGGACCUAGAUAGACAGGAGCUGCAAUACACCCUUCACACACCGGGAACCUUCAUUCAUCGUGCGCAGGCAACGGGCAUGAUUCACCUCAUCUGGCCUCUGUUCGCCGCGGGGCAGUCUGAUCUCUCGAGCUACGAAAUUCGGCAAUGGUGUAUAGACAUGUUGCUGUACAUAGCGCUGCGGAUCGGUACGAGGCAAGCUGUUGUGCUAGCAGAAGAUUUGAAAGAAAUUCAAAGAACUGGAUCAUGAUCAACGACGUGAAUGGCUCGAAUGCUUCAUUGAUAGUCUAACACUGACCCGAGAUUUGAACGGGUGGAUUAGAGCAUCAAUCCGACGUGAAAUGUGAACUAGGUUGUGUGCCUUUGUUGCGGCUAGCAAAAUCCAUGAUCGCACAUGAUUACAUGGCUACAUCG